AUGAUGGCUGGCGCCGUGGGCGACGCGAAUCUCGCGUUGCCCUAUGAGCUUGGUCUGCGAUGGAAGGCUUUGCUAGAUCCUGGCGGUUCGAGGAUGAAGACAGCAGUCCUAGCUAGUCUGGAUGGAAGCGCUGGCAGCGUCCGAGGUGGACUAGGUGGGAAAGCCGAUCAUAGGUCGGAGGCUCUGCGUUCUCUCCGGCAGGGCGGCCAGGGCACAGAGAAGGCGUUCCAGUCCAGCAAGGAUAUAAGUGUAAUAAUACAAGCCGUUCACAGCAACCACAGCGGCUCCAGCAAGCAUCUCCCCAUCGGCGCCACUCCGCGGGAUACUCUAAGCCGCGCUAGCAGUCUACUGUUGCCUUCCCUGUCCAUUCUCGGCUACAUCGCGUUCGUCCGUCACGCUAUUCCCAAACACCGGCUCUUCACCCAAAGCCUUGACUACUACUAUUAUGGAUCACACAGCGCGGCCGGGGUUCGAUCUAUCCAUCACCUAGGUGAAAGCGGGGCAAGAAUCCCAGGUCGCCAGGAGGCUCCCAUACACCCGGUCCCAGGCGCCGCCACAAGCGAACCGCCAAUGCGGCUGCUUCACCAGAUGCUCCAGCCGUCACUCCAGCAGAUAUAA